AUUGAUAACAACUUACGACUGAAGAAAUACUCAAUUGAAAACUGACAGUUGAGUUAGGGAAAAUGGAAAUUAAUCCACGUUUUCUGCAUCUUCAAUGAAUUGAUGAGUUAUCGAGGAACAUUGAUGGUGUUUAGGGGUGAUCAAUUGGUAAUGUUUAGUCUGCAAUUGACCUCCGCUUGGUUGGAAUAUAAUGUUCGACAAUAUUGCGAUCCUUCUGAUGGUGUUUCGUUAUAGCUGUAAUAUUUAUGUAUUUGCUACUGAAAUGGUGCGAUACGAUUGAACGUGUAGUGAAAAAAAAAUCCCUUACUGUUUAUGUUUUUUUUUUAAUGAUUUCUUUAAGUGAGUGUAAGACACAUUGCGAAUUGGUGAGAUACAUUAAACGGUCCAGUGAAAUAGUUGUAACAGUUCACAACGUUUAUAACUUUAUGUGUAAAUUUUCGUCGGAAUAAAUUCAUAUUUUCAAAAAAAAUGAGUAGUAAACGCUCGUCUCAAUACCAUGAUACCUGUAUCCCGGCGGAUCGGAAAGCGGCACUUCAGGGCGCUGGCGACUCCGGAAAGCAGCACCGGGAGGCGGAGUAUUCUAACUGUGACCAGGUAUCCCAGGACACCAUUUGGAAACAGGCGGUGGGCGGUGAGAAACGAUGUUUGAAAAACUGGGAAAGUAGCUGGGGAUUUCUUGCAGAGUUCGACGCUCAGAUCAAAUCCGGCAAGAACGGAAAACCUAAGGAACGCCCACCACUUCCGGAAAAGGCGACGAUAUUUUCCGAUAAUGUUCCGAACACGAACUCGGGUAACUACGGUAACCGCGUGAACACGGAUUUGGGAACCACGAUGUCCAAGAUGGAGUUUCAGUUCUACAGCGGCGGGCGCCGGAAGAAGAUGGGCAGCGACAUGAUAUGUUACUGAAGUAUCGGGUGUUUCCACUGCCAUUUUAGGAACGUUAUUAAUAUGUUUUAAUACAUUGUUCAUAUUUUAUACAGUUUUUAAUUUAUUUCAUUGCUUUUCUUGUAUUGGACGAAAGCCAAUGAUCCAUUUUUAGAAACGUCACACUGUAGCAGAUGUUUCAAUACCCUUUUUAAUGGGUAUUGGAACAUAAGUUCAAAAUUUUACUUGGCGCUUGAAACGUUAUUCUGGAAAAUAAUCUGAUAUAAACAUGCUAUGUGUCGGUGGGUCUACGAAUAAUUUUUUUUAUAUUUUCGAUUCUAAUAUACGUGUCUAGUUAAGGUUAAUGUGGGACAAGUAUUAAAUAAAUCGAAUUUAUGCGAUGAAUGUUUCAGUGUAGGUUUCUCAAGGGCGCACAGAACAACCAUUUCAGUACGUUUUAUCAACGUAUUAUUUUACCCAAUAUAUUGUUUUCUUUUUUAAUUACGAGUUACUGCAAAAUGAAUGAAUAAACGAUUGUUGAACUCACUUGUAUAAUUGAGACAGGGUCUGGGAAAACGGGGUGUACCGGUAAUGCAUAUGCGUGAAGUGUCGUCCCAGGUUAGACCGUGCAGUCCGCGCAGUCUUAUAAAAACAAUACAUUCCGCCUGAACUGGAUUUUUGCUAAAAAGAGACGUCUUUUAAUAAAAAAAUAUCUUAAAGCGAGAAGUGUCGUCACUGAUAAGCCUGUGUCCACUUCACAGGCUAAUUUUGGACGACAUUUUACGCACAUGAAUUGAGUCAGAUUUUCACAGAGCGAGGCUAUUAUAUGUGACGUUUAUAAGUAACCAUCACAGUGAUCACUAAUAUAUGUGUAUGUGUACAUUUUCGUCACCAAAAAAAAAACGGUUAAAAGCAAUAUAUUUAAGUACCUGAUAUUAUCAAAGGAAGUUCGUGUGUAUUUGUUAAAAAAAUUGUGACACACUCAUUUGUUCAUUAUUGAUUAAUCGUUUGAGCAAGUAUUCCUAAAUCUAAUACCGCGUAUUUCUUUGUCAGCAUACUUCACAUGGUGUUUAUGUUAUUAUUCCUGCAUAUAGUGAUAUCGUAUUACCUCUGUUUCUUGUUUCCUAUUGUAUUUUUGCUACGGUUACUAAUCAAGUAAUCAUGUUCAACAAUACAUACAUUUAAUUGUUUGAUAAGAGGAAAUGCACAUAAAUAUUCCUCAUUACAUUGAUUCGAUACAUUUAUGUAAUUAUACUCUAUUUACAUAUGUAACAUUGUUUAACCAUUCUUAUUAAUCGCUGCUAAACCAACUUAAUGCGGAAAAGAUAUGUUUUGUUACAAGUGAAAUACUAGUAUACCAAUUGCAUUUCAUGUAAAGGGGAACAACUCUAAUUGACGUUGUUUUCUUCUCGACGUAGUUCACUCCCUUUAAUCCUUAAUAUUUUAAAUAUCUUGACACUGUGUUUCCGAUUCCAAGCAAUUAUAUUCGCCAGCGUUGCAUUUCCAUUGUAUGCAUUUAAGCGUGUCUGUGAUUUUAAUAUGUGAUUUCAAUGACUGAUUGUGAUUGUUGUUUGUUUAAUUUUUACGUGUUUGUUAAAUUUCUGAUUGGUUCGAAGUUGUUGAAUAAAAGGUCGAUCAGUUACUACUCUAUUACAGUAUUAUGAUGAAUACGCGCAUAUUUUUUUAUUCAUACGAGUCUUUUUCUGGGAAAACUGAACUCCGUGCAUGUGAGUAAAAUUUCAUCCCAGAUAAGCCUGUGCAAUUCGCACAAGCUAACCAGGGAUAACACUGUCCGCUUUAAUGGAUAUUUUAGUUUAAAUUUAGUCUUUACUUCAAGAAAGUGCAGUUUUGUCUGGAACUAGUCCCUGAUUAGCCUGUGCGGACUGCACAGGCUAAUCCUGGACCACACUUAAUGCACAUCAUUUAAGCCCAGUUUUCCCAGAGCGGGACUCAUAUGCUUCCCAUGCUGGUAUUUUUAAACGUGCUAUUCUGUUCAGUAUUUCAAAUUUCAAUGCUCGUGUUGUAAGCUUGAAAUACAUGAAUAUGUGUCUUGUUCUGAGAAAACUGGGCUUAAUUCAUGUGCGUAAAGUGUCGUCCAAGAUUAGCCUGUGCAGUCCGCACAGGCUAAUCAGGGACGACCCUUUACGCUUUCAUGGUAUUUUUAGUUUCAAGAAACUCAAGUUUAGGCGGAAAGUGUCGUCCCUGAUUAGCCUGUGCGGACUGCACAGGCUAAUCUGGGACGACAUUCUACGCACAUGCAUUAAGCCCAGUUUUCUCAGAACAAGACACAUAUACUUAAUUGCGGAGAGAGGAUUGGGUGUUAUACAAACAUGGUGCGUUUUUUUUGCACGAACUGACAACUUGCGGCGAUUGUGUAUAUGAGUUGUUAAAUGUAUGAAGUAGUUCGAACAUUAGAUAUUGUAAAGCAGGUUUCAUACAAGUAACGUUCAUGUUUGUUCAUGAAAAUUGAUUUAACAUCCACGAAACUUAAGCACAUAACAUGUGACAGUUGUUAAAUUUUGCAUCUCUAAAAUGUAAAAAUUAAGUCACUACCAACUCAUAACAGUUUUGUUAUACGUAUUUGCCAAUGUGUGGUUUUUGUAAUGUGUGUUUAUGCGUAUAUGUUAUUUAAAAUUCUUAUUUCAUAUGUAAAAAUGUCUUGGCACCGAAUAAUUAAACUAAACUUAAGACAUAAA